CAUCUUUCACGUUUAUUUCUCCAGUUCGGACAUUGUCUCUUUGGCCAGUCUUCGCUGAUAAAGCUCUCUCUCUCUCCUCUCUCUGGCUCUCUGCAUCAAGAUCAUUGGGCAAUCGCUAGAAAUCUCGCUUUCCGAGGGUUCGUAAUGGAAGAGAUUUCUUCUCGAUUCUCUUAAGAGUUUAUCCAGAAAGCUUGUUUUGUCUUUAACAAUGCCAAAAGAGAUUAGAGCAUCUCGUGGUGCUUCGUCUAUCCGUCAAUCUAGGGCUUCACCUUAUUCAUGUAAGUCCAAGAAUACUGAGCAGCAAAAAUUGGAGCAAUCCGUAAUCUCGCAUGGAAACGAGAAAGAAUGGGAAGAAAUACUAUGCCCAAUUUGCAUGGAUCACCCACAUAACGCAGUUCUCUUAAUGUGUUCCUCCCAUGAAAAAGGUUGCCGUCCUUACAUGUGCGAUUCGAGUCGCCGUCAUUCUAACUGUCUCGAUCAGUUUCGCAAAUCUUCUCCUGUAGUUAAUGAUAACAACGAAGAACGGCUGCUUGAACUUGGCGAUAGGCAGAAAACAAAAUCAACCCUUCAGUGCCCGCUCUGUCGUGGAAAAGUUCGGGGAUUUGUCGUUUCAAAACCAUCUCGGGAGUUCAUGAAUUCCAAACCGAGAAACUGCUCUCUCGAGACUUGUAAAUUUAGUGGGACCUACUCUGAAUUACGUAUGCAUGCUCGACUCGAGCAUCCAAAGGUCCAUCCCUCGAAUACAGAUCCAACGCGACAGAACGAAUGGGCGAGGCUCGAGCAGGAAAUGGAUUUUCAGGAUUUCAUUAGCGCGACUCAAGCGGGUUAUAACGGUGAACACGAAUGGAACUACGGAAGCUUAUUGGAUAUGGAAGUGAAUUUCGAGGAGAUAUUGAACACGGUCGAAACUCUUGACUCGGACUAUGGAUUCGAAUGGAAUGAUGAUGAUGCCGAUAUGGGGAUGGAAUUAGAAAUGCCCGUGGAAUUGGAAAUGGCCUUUGACUUCUUGGAUGUACCUGUUGCACCUACUGUUUGGAUCGAGACAAAUGAUUUUAACAGGAGAUCUAUCCAAACAGGUCCUAGGACUCAUGGAAGCCAGUCGACUCGAGAAUCUCAUCAGUCUUAUUCUUCUAGGGAGACUUGGCAAAAUCAAAGAGGGUCGAUGCCUCAUUAUUCGGGUGGAAGAGAUGAUGGUGCAACUUCGAGGCCACCCCCUUCACCCGAUAGCUGGUUCAGUCACAGGACACUACCACGAAGAGAGCGUAGAUGAAGUUAACUGAAUACAAGGCGUUUCCAAAUUCAAAUUGAGGAAAAAACAGAGGUAUGAUCUAAAAAUGUGAAGAAAACUUUGGUUUCGGGUUGGUUUUUUAUUUUAUUUUAUUUUGUCAUGGAAAACAGCUGAAAGACAUUUGUUAUCAUGUCUUUGAUUGAGAGAAACUGAUAAUAUCAUACACUUAUUGAUAAAGCUAGUUACUUGAUUGAAGUGGGGUCUAAGUUCAUAAAUAACCAAACUCCUGAUCUUUUGUUUCA